AUGUCCGGCCAGUCCAUCGUUUGCGAACGGCGGCGCAACAGCCGCUCCGUCGACGACCAGUGUGGUUUUGCUUCCGGAUCGCAUGAUGUGGGUGAUGGAGAUGCCGAGAGCAACAAACCGCGUCGCGCGUUUGAGUCUGCGCGGCAUGACGCGUGGGUAGACAGCGAAGCCGCCGCUGUCAAAAAGCAGUCGCGCCCUCCAAGUCGGACAGCGUCAGCGGCGGAGAAGAUGGGGACGGAGGUGACGAGGGCAGAGCCAAGCCUACGGUUCGGACAUCAGUUUUUCUCAGAAGAGCUUGCGCCGUGCCGAACUGCGUAUUUUAAACUUCUUGCCCGCGCGACUAUUCUUGUCCUCAUACUCACCUGGGCCUGCUUGCCUAUAUACUGGGGCUCGCUAUCUGCAUCCGCGGAUCUGACGGGCAAUCUCGAGACUUGGGUCCUCGAUCGUGAUCAGGCUAGGAUCGGCGACUCCCUCUCGGCUGCCGCUCUCUCUGCACCCACCAGCGGACCAGGAGCACUGUGGUGGCGUGUGGUCAACGCCUCCCAUUUUCCGACCGAACAAGACGUGAUAGACGCUGUUGUCAGCGAGCGUACUUGGCUUGCUAUCGUGGUGAACAAUAAUGCGACGGACAACUUGACCCAGGCACGGGCAGUAGGAAACGUAUCUUACGACCCUACAAGUGCCAUAACCGUCUAUUACGCUCAGGCUCGCAAUGAACUUGCGACGGGAACGUACCUUCUCCCUAUUGCAACGAGUUUCCUUUCAAACUUCACGCAAAACUAUGCCACCAACUCGGCGCAGCGAUUCUUUGCAGCCAUUGUCUCGCAGAAUGGGACUGUCAACCAGACGGCGUUAAGUUUCAUCGCACAAGCUCCGCAGACGAUUAGUCCUGCCGUGAGUUUCACUGUGGUCAAUCUUCGACCAUAUACGACGCCCGUUGCUCAGGCAGUGCUCCUCGUUGGACAAAUAUAUCUCUGCAUCUUCGCGUUCAUAAUGGUAAUGGCCCACUCCGCCGCCCGAGCGAAAGUCGAACAAUGGCUCACCUUCCCUUCUUACCUCACGCUCCGGAUCAUAGUCCCUCUCAUUCUCUACAUCCCACUAAGUCUCAGCUACGCCCUAGUUAACCUCGCCUUCCGUCUGCCGUUCGGCACACAUUUCAGUUAUGGUGCCGGCUUCCUUGCGUUCUUCGGCUAUCUCUACCUUGGCAUGGCUUCCCUCGGCCUUGCCCUCGAAGCUAUGAUCACUGUUCUCAAGCCGAAGUUCGUGCCGAUUUUCUUGGUACUUCUCAUUAUCGUGAACAUCUCAACCGCCGCACUCCCACCUGACCUUCAACCACAGCUCUAUGCAUAUGGAGCUGGGUUUCAAUUUUGGAAUAUGCAACAAGCCAUCCGAACCCUACUCUUCAACACCUACUCCCACCUCCCAAAGAACGCGGGUAUCCUCAUCUCGUGGAUCCUCAUCUCGGUCGGCACGACUGCGCUGUUUACGUGGCUGGUGAGAUAUAGGGAGGUGAGACGGAUGCAUCGGGAGGCGAGACGAGAUGCUGAGAACGUCAAGGGUAGCAGUAAUGGAAAAGGCAAGGGCAGGGGUAUUGAUGUGGGGAACGGUAAAGCAGAGAAAGCGAGGGACUUCGAUGAUACGAGUAGUGAGAAAGGGAAGAGUGGGAGUACCGCGUUGGAGAGGUGGGAGGACGUGAAGGUACAAACUCGGUCGAAGUCAAAGUCGAAGUCGAACACUCCGAGAUCGAGUCGACCUGGUUCUACGACCUCGCGAAAGGAUUGGAGCGAUCGAGAUAGGGCUUACAAGGAGAAAGAUAGUUACGUUGAGGUGGACGUUGUACCCACCAGACCUUGA